AUGCCAAUUGACAAAAGAGUGGAAGUAUGCUUAUUGGCUACGUUCGCUAUUCUUUUAUUCUUUGUCAUUGCUCUUUCGUACGCACUGGGAUGGACGUUUUAUAUGGUGGCUAAGAUCGCUUACAGCAACCUGAAAGUCACAUCUMUCAUCGUGUCAAUUUUAUGCGGUUUGCAUUUGAUAUGGAGGAUAUUUCGCUAUAUUUGUAAGCUGAAACGUGAAAGAAGUGACGUUGAACGUACACCAAGAAUCGAUUUCUGUAUCAAAAGUUUAAGGAAGAAAGUAAGCUUCCUUCUCAAGCGAGCCGUAGAGUACUCCAACAACAAGAAAAACAAAAUGAGGAUGUAUUACAAGYUAAGUGCUCAAAUGCUGAAACUUGUUUUAAUUGGAAUUGACCUUGUUAAAACACAAAAAGCCAAUCUAAAGAAACUGAGAGAAAUCAAACAAGACCAAAAAAGACACGAGGAAUAUCUAGAAGAGAAGUUAAAAGAGAAAGCCAUGAGAGAUACAUCKCAUCUUUUAAAACAUAAGUUUGAGAGCCCAGAGGAUGGACAACAAGAGAUUGAAAAAAGACUGUGCAUUUUCGACCAACGUGGACAGGAAUUCUUCUUCAAACAGCGUAAAAUUUUUAAAAUGAAACCUGCAGAACAAGCGAAAAGAAAGAAACACAAGAAACGACGGAAUCGUACCAAAUGCGGAAAACCUUCAACCUACUUUCCAUAUCGUUGYAACAUUGCUACGGUACUGCACGCCAUUGAACGCGUCGAUGAAGCUUAUGUGAUGAACAAAGAUCAUUUUAAUAUGGUGAAGAAGGUUGAAAAAGCCCUCAGUCAUUUCCUUUGCGUUAUUACUGAUAUCUUAGUAAGGAUCGACCCUGAGAAAGUUUCAAAACAAGCCUACCUAUCAAAUAAGCCGGCAACAUAUAUCACCUCCUUUGAGAUACCGAGGAAUAAUACGCGAGAAAAAAUACGGAAAAGUCACAUUCAUUGCUUAAUCGUAACAACAAACGCGCGACUGAUGGCACAUAAAGACACUAUUGUACAAAUACUGGAUGAGAAGAACAGCAAAGACAUUAUGAUAGAUAAUAAAUCCUACAUGGAAAUUGUGAAUUUCACAAACAAACUGCGUUAUCACAUUGUACCUGAAMUUCGUAAAUAUAUCGACGAUGUGAUGAGGUAA